AAACAAAACAGAUUUUGGGCGUACUUUUCACAGUGGUUUACAAGUGCACAGGCUUUGCAGGGUUUUUGGCACACAUUAAUCGAGACAACUCUUAAGAGCCGUAGCCUGGAAGACAAUGAACAACGAACCCGAGGCCGAGGUAUCGGACGUUACUUCUGCGACAGUCCAAAACCCGAGCAUGAGCGAUUCAGCCGAAGCGGGAACUUUACUGGAAGUUACUUACCAGAGGAACCCCAAGCAAAAGUAUAAAUACCUGGAGGCAGAACCCAAGAUUUUAGGGGUCACAGAGAUAGUGCUGACUGUCUUCUUCCUUGGAUGCAAAAUUCCGUUUUAUAUGGAGGCAGAUAACUGGUUUAUUCUCAGCGCCAUUGUGGCGUUUUCCUCUAUUAGCAUAAUUGGUGGCAGUGUGGCAAUAGCUGCUCAGAAACUUCACCUACCAACACUUAAGGCUUGUUUGGGAAUGCAGAUAGUUAUGUGUGUGGUGUAUGGGAUCUUUCUUAUCACUACAACAUUUCAAGAUUAUAGAACGCCUGUGGAGAAUGAAUGCUGGCCAUACAUAUCCCAUGAGAUCUACAAUGAAACAAGCAACACAUGUCGGCUUUUAAUGGGUGGAUUUCAACAUCUGUAUUUAUUAGAUCAACUAAUGGAGGCAGUUCAGAUUGCUAUCUCUGUCACACUAGCAGCAUACUGUUGCAAGGUCAUUCAGAGCUGCUCGGCCAGUUCACAUGUGCCUGUCAUCUUUAUGAAGUCACCCACAGCUCCACAUUGAAAGAGAGAGUGCACCUAAAAAGACUAUUUGUCACAAGAGAUAAUUUAAUAUUACUAAUAAAACAAUCUUGGAACACAUUAUAAUACACACUAAUACACUAUCAUCGUCAAACAUAAUGCGUACUGCUAUUAAUGUAUUAAGAACGUGAAAACACCAAAACAAAUACCACUUUAAUGUUUGUCUUUUAACUUAAUUUGAUUUAUUAACACAAAUACAAAAAUAAAAAUUUUGCCAUCAUUUAUUCACCCUCAUGUUGUUCCAAACUCAUAUUACUUAAUUUGUACUGUGGAAAACAAAUAUUUUUUUUUUUUAAAAAUUAAAGAAUGUGGAUGCUGCUAUUUCCCAUUCAAGGAAACCAUAUAUUGAGACUGUCAAGCUGAGUAAGUGAUGACAGAAUUUUCAUAUCUGGUUGAACUCAGGUCUUUAGUGACCCAGGACCUCAUUCCACCCCCUGUGUCUCAUCCAUUUUUUGGAGUUGUACCCACACUUUUUUGGUAUUCUUCAAUCUCUCUCUUAUAGUGUAACACAAAAAAUACCAAAAUAAUAAAGAAAUAAAAUGUAUAUAAGAUUAAGUACUAAAAGCGCAUAGGGUCAUUAUCGAACCUAGGCAUGUGUGUCCUUCCUUUUUUUUUUUGUACUUCCAUAAAAUAUUUUUUAUGAUUAUUUCAUAUCUCUAUAAGUUUAUCACAUGAUAUCUAUUUCUUUGUUUAUUACAAGAGGAAUGAAAACUAUAUUCAUACAACUAAAUACUAUAUCUCGUUGAUUUUCUAUGGAACAAUGGUGAAUUAUCAAUAUUUUAUUUGUGUGUACACAUACAGUACUGUGCAAAAGUUUUAGGCACUUGUGAAAAAUGUUGCAUAAUGAGGAUGUCUUCAAAAAUAAUGACAUAAAUAGUUUUCAUUUAUCACUUAAUGUCAUAAAAAUUCCAGUAAACAUAAAAAAUCUAAAUCAAUGUUCGGUGUGACCACCUUUGCCUUUAAAACAGCACCAAUUCUCCUAGGUACACCUGGACAGUUUUUCUUUAUUGUUGGCAGAUAGGAUGUUCCAAGCUUCUUGAAGAAUUUGCCACAGUUCUUCUAUUUAGGCUGUCUCAAUUAAUUCUGUCUCUUAAUGUAAUCUCAGACAGACACAAUGUUCAUGACAUCUGUCCAUGUUCUUCUAAUCUUUUCUAUUUGCAAAAGUAAUGUUUGCGAGU